ACCCAAGUCCAGAGAAGAAGAGGCAGCAGCUACUAUGAUCCAGGCAUUGGCCUUCCUUCUGCUGCUGGCUGGGAAAGGGACUACAGUUACCACUACCAGUCCCCGUGUGAAGCUCUCCUUCCAUGACCUGAAGAUGCGACAUGGGCUGCGCACCUAUGAGUUGGAACGCUCUUGUUGCUACGAUGCACUGCUCCUGGAUGAAGAGAGGGGUCGGCUUUUUGUGGGAGGCAAAAACUACAUGGCAUCCUUGAGCCUGGACAACAUUAGCAAGCAUGACAGGAAGAUUUAUUGGCCCGCGCCUGUGGAAUGGAGGGAGGAAUGCAACUGGGCAGGCAAAGAUAUCAAUGCAUACAGCCAAACAAACAUCCAAGGCAUAAAGUGAAAAGGCUAAGAAGCACUAGGAGAUGUG